AACAAAGGCGGAAAAACGUGUGAAAACUCCAUUUUAAAGUGAACAACAUUCAAUUUGUUUACGCCAACAACAAGUUGACUUAAUUCUCUCAGUGCUAACUUAAAAGUUUCGGUGAAAUCGAUAAAAUUCCACUCAUAAAAAUGAAAAAUUUGGUCGUGACUAAUUUGGAAGUCUAAUUGGAGUGACUCUUAGCUGAGAUUCGAACACAAUGACUUCCAGUAUACCGGUUCGGAAAACAACUGAAACGGUUCGAAAAAUAGUAACGGAUCUCGAUCAACCAGAUGAGCCAACGGUUGGGGCGGAAGUUCAAAAAGUGAGAAAACCACAUCGCCAUGUCCAUCGCGAAAGGACUAAAGAAGCGAAGAAAGUGAGCCGGAGUUUUCCAGCGGAACGAAGUCGAAGUUUUGAGAGGGAUUCGAAACAUUCGACUGGAUAUUUGCAAGUGCUCGUCCAGACAAAGGAUGAGCAAAUCGAGAAACUCCUCCAAAAAGUCACGGGUCUGCACAAUUACAAUGACCAAUUUUCUGUUGAAAACGAAACCCUGCGUUCAGAAAUCCACACAUUGUCGGGAAAGUUACAGGAAAUGGCUAAGCAACUUACAGAAUAUGAGGACCGGGAAUGCUCGAAAUGCCUACAAUACGCAAGACUUCACGAUGAACUAAGUAACGAGCACCAGUCUCUUCUGAAAACCAACAAAACCCUAACCGAUGACGUCUCCAUGAUGAAGACCCUGGUCUACCGCUUAAACGUGCAACUCGAGCGUUAUCAGGAGAUCCUUCGCAAAUGUAACGAAAACGACGAAGACUUAACAGAGCCUGGGACCAGGACCCUCUCAGAAGACAACGAAACAACAGUCCGGAAAUGGGGCUCUGUCAAAACUCACACUCUGGCUCCACUCCUUAACGCCUACGAAGAAAUGCUCAAGGAAAAGGCAGAUUUGAUACUCCAGCACGAUCGUGAGAUAAAUCGCUUCACGGGUCACUUAAAGGUAAUAAUUGCGGAAAAUGAAAAGCUUCACGCUGAAAUGGACGAGCUAAGAAAAGGGAAAGAUGGUUGGCUUGAAGAUAAAACUCGGCUGCAGGCUCAAGUCGAAAUAUGUCGUGGAAAAGCCGAGGUGCAAACUAGACGAGCUGAUAUAGCCAAAGAGAAGUUGGUUGAAGUUCUUCGUUGCUAUGAACAAAAGGUUCAAGGCCAGUCCCUGGAUAUCGAGAGGCUGCAAGAAGCGUACUCGCGCGCUAAGGGUGAAAUAAUUUCGCUGAGAAAUGCCCACGCCCAUCCGGACACAAUCGUCGAAAGCCUCAAGGAAUGCCAAAGACUUUUCGAGGAAUUGAAAGCCCAACAUGACAACGAGAAAACCAGAAUAUCCAACGAUCUUGCAGAAUGUCGCAAACUCCAUUCAGAUAUGGAGGCCACCGUAUCCAAGCUUCGCGAGGAGAAUGCAACUUUACGAGCCUCCGCUGAUCAGUAUAGACAAUCCGCAGAUUCUCUGAGGAAAAAAUAUACGUCCUUACGAUAUAAGGUACGAACUGUAAUUGAUUCCCGGGAGAACCUAAAGUCGAAGCUUCGCACGGCCUUGGAAUGGGCUCAAAAAUUGGACGAGAGUCGACAGAAAAUGAAGACGAGUUGGGACGACGUUAAAGGAUUGGAGACUGUUAUACGUCAUAAGGAGGCUCAAAUUCGAGGUUUACAUGCGAGACAUGCGGAGGAAAUCGGGCGGCUGGAAAGGAAGCUCCAACAACGUGAGGAGACUAUUAAAUGUAUACUGCAGGAGAAGGCGAAGGUGAACAUUUCGCGGAAAAUGGAAUAAAAAAUUUAGCGGAGUUUAGUUGUUGUGGAAAUAGAGGUCUUCGAUUAGUACAAA